AUGGAGCGUCAGCAAUCACAUCUAGAUGAAAAGAAUAUGAAGGGUGAAGGUGAGUCACUAGGCCGGGACAUGGAUCUUGGUCAAGUGCUUGCUGUUCAAUCAACACCCGAGCAGGAACGGAGGGUGCUAUGGAAGCUCGAUCUCAUAUUAAUCCCAUUGAUGGGAACCGCGUAUUUCCUUCAGUUCCUUGAUAAACUUGCUCUGAGUCAGGCGACGUUGUUCAACUUGCGGCAAGAUCUGGCAAGUUGUUCUAGUGGGUGA